UGAUGAAAUUAUGCUGAGUGUUUGGACCCUGCUAGCAGCUGCUAUUUGUGCAGUGCCAGUCUCAGCAAUAUCUCGAAGGGAUCUAAUCCACGGCCGUCAGUUGUCUCUGGAUCUUCCUGAAAGGACAGCGAGGUUGGAUUUUAUCUCUGCUGAUGAGAGAGAUCGAUUUACUAUCUGGGAACAUAGAAGCCUCUCUCUCUCGCCCAGUAAACCCAGUAAAGGCCAAGUGAACAGCGCUAGUAAUGGCUGGUCUUUCACAAUCAGACAAGUUACGUUUGACGACGAGGGAACCUACACCCUGCGCAAUACCUUUGGUUCAACCAUCUCCAGUUAUACAGUGAAGGUCAACACCAACAGGGAAAUCAUUGAGCGUGUAGCAGGUGAAAAACUAAUUAUACCACUGCUAGGACUCAAGCAGAGUGAUGCCACGCUUCGUUUUUACAGCAAUUAUUCAUCUGUCAUCCUGGUGGAGAAUGGAGUUCCAGUGGGCAAGGAGAAUCCAGACUAUAUUAACCGGCUUAAAGUGACCAGCGAAAUGAUCCAGAUUCUCAAUGUCAAUGUGUCAGAUUCGGGCAGAUACAAGCUCACCGAUUAUAAAGGCAGACCUGUCUCAAACAAUACAAUGGUACUAGUGGAUCAACAUCCACCUAACCAUAGUAAGGGUUUUUUAGCUCUACUGCUGCUUGGCAUUCCUUGUGGAAUCUGCUUCUGCUGCAGAAGGAGAAUCUGCAAUAGGUGCCAGACCAACAAAUCAGAAACAGUGGAGUCCAACAACCUGAAUACUGUACCAGUGUCCAUACCUUGCAGCAACACAGUGAUCAAUCCUGUAGGUCCUAUAGGUCCUGGAGGCCCUGGCCAGGGCUACAUCGCUGGUUAUCCACCUCAUCCAGAUCAAGGACAGAUUCACUAUCCUCCAGCAACAGAGUGGAACGGACAACCUGCUGUUUCUCCAAACCCUGGCUUUCAACCAGCACAUGUGCCUCAAAACCCUGUCUAUCCUCCUGACUUUGGAGUUCCCCCCGCUCAGCCUCCACAGUACAAUGCUCCUCCCACCCAGUACAACCCAUCUGCACCUGUGAACUAUACGCCAGUGAUGUACAGCGCUCCUCCUGGGCCUGAAGCCGCAGGGUUUAAGAUGAAUGAACCGUCUCCAACCGUACCACUGCUCACACCUCAACCUGAGUCUUACCAGUCUGCUAUGGCCAGUGUUUCCAUGAACUCCGGUGAAUCUUGUGUCCAGUUUGACAUUAACAAAGGAAAGUCUUCUGGCAGCAACUUCCUUUAGAUACUCCAAAAUCCUGAAUUAUCACUGUAAGGGAAACAAACACUUAGCUGUUAAUUAGAUUCAUACAAACCCAAGCCUUUAAAAAUAAAGGUGCUCUAAGCAAUGUCGGUUGACGCCCCUUCUUGUUGACGUUUAAAGUAUUGUCAAACAAAACGGGGGCUAGCUAGACCCUCCCUCCUCCUCAUCUGCGCACUAACCCCCCA